AUGGUCCUGAGUGGGGCACUGUGCUUUCGAAUGAAGGAUUCAGCCCUAAAGGUGCUUUAUCUACAUAAUAAUCAGCUUCUAGCUGGAGGAUUGUAUGCAGGGAAGGUCAUUAAAGGUGAAGAGAUCAGUGUUGUCCCAAAUCGGUGGCUGGAUGCCAGGCUAUCUCCAGUCAUCCUGGGAGUUCAGGGGGGUAGCCAGUGCCUGUCAUGUGGGACAGGGGAGGAACCUACUCUGAAACUAGAGCCAGUGAACAUCAUGGAGCUCUACCUAGGCACCCAGGAGUCCAAACGCUUCACCUUCUACCGCCAGGAUCUGGGACUCACCUCCAGCUUCGAAUCAGCUGCCUACCCUGGCUGGUUCCUCUGUACAGCCCCUGAAGCUGACCAGCCUGUCAGGCUCUCCCAGAUCUCUGAGAAUUCCCCCUGGGAUACCUCCAUCACAGACUUCUACUUCCAGCAAUGUGAUUAG